AUGGCGCGGAGCGUGGCGUACGUUUCGGCGGCGAAGCUGGUGUCCAUGGCGCGAGGCAAUCCUCGCCUCGCCAUCAUCGACGUCAGGGAUGAGGAGAGGAGCUACCAGGCGCACAUCGCGAGUUCGCACCACUUCGCCAGCGGCAGCUUCGAGGCGCGGAUGCCGGAGCUAGCGCGGGCCGCCAGCGGCAAGGACACCCUCGUUUUCCACUGCGCGCUGAGCCAGGUGCGAGGUCCAACUUGUGCUCGGAUGUUCUCUGACUAUCUAUCGGAGACCAAGGAGGAUUCAGGGAUAAAGAAUAUCAUGGUACUGGAGCUCGGGUUUAACGGAUGGGAGGGUUCAGGGCAGCCUGUCUGCCGCUGCACCGACGCUCCUUGCAAAGGGACGUGUUGUUAA